ACUACAACCUAGUGGUGUUGCUUGCUGGUGGCGGUAAUUGGUCACACAUUCGAGGGACAUUGUGUGUGUAUUAUUGCCAUAUACAUACGUAUUCCCGCCCUUGUUGAAUUCUCCAAUUUGUCUUGAUCCCCUUCCCUUCCCUUCUUUUCAAUAUCAAUGUCUUCCAUUCUCUCUACAGGGGACGCGCCAGCGCAGCGAGUGCCGGCAUGGAAACGAUUGGGUCUCAAGCUUAAACCUGCAUCUGAGGAACAAGGCCAGAACGCUACCCUACCUCAUAAUAAUACACAUAAUACAAAUACCGUUGCUCCGCCGCUGCCCAACCAUCGUCGGGAAAACCCUACUAGCCCUGCCAAUGCCAACCCGAAGAGAAAAUCUUCUGGUGUUCCUGCAUUAGACCACUCGGCGAAAAGAGCAAAGAGAGACUCUUCUCACAAUCAAAAUCACAUUCCUUCCACUCAAACUCCUACCCCCAAAAAGGCCAAAUCUGUUUCGUUCGCCACCGAGGCCAACCAAACCGUCGAGUCUCCAGCAUCGGUGAACGGCACACAAAUCAAAAACAAGCAAAACAAACAACCCACCAAGAAGGCCGUCGCUACUACCUCUAAUUCUACCGCUGCCUCUACCAAACCGGCUAAGAAGCAAGCACCUGUCAACUUGGAACCUGCUCUUGCGUAUUUGCGACAGUGGCACACAUCCAAGGACACCUGGAAAUUUAACAAAAAUCACCAGACCCGAUUACUGGAACAGGUCUUCGCGGAUGAGAAGACCAUACCCGCUGCUGAUAUUCAUAUCUUUUACGAAUACAUCCGGGGUUUGAAGGGUGCCGUCAGGACACGACUAAAGGAGCUUGCAUCUGGUAUUAAGGCACAGGACGCGGAACAGGGACCGAUAGAAGGCUUCCCUGCUUCCAGCAAGGAGAUGGCCGAGAGGAAACAGAAGGAGUACCAUGAGCUUAUCGCUGCCUUUCUAAGCCAGACCAGGACACCUGGGAAGCGACGUUUUGAGGAAGUGGAUUAUGUUCUUCGGACUUCCGAUAUGGAAAUGCAACGUCGGGUUGUCAAGCGAAUGCGUUGCGAGAAUGUGCUGGAUGAAUUAUCUGAUAGUGAGACGGAAACGGCGUCGAUGACUACCACAAUUACGACAUCAACACAGAACGGUAGCUCUGGGCGUGCUACGAGUGUGGACGCUGCGGACGAAGCUGAGGGUGUACAUCGCCUCCAGUUAAACGAUGGAUCGCAGCAAAGAGUCAAGCGAAGACGAAAGUUACGGACUGCGGCCGUCGAAGAAGACUCUAGCUCAUCAGAAUCAGAAUCUGAUAGCGACUCGGAUUCGGACACCAGCUCGAGUGGAAGUGAUAGUAGCUCCGAGGAAUCAGAAGACGAGGCGCAAGCGGCGUUGCAAGAAAACGGAGCCGAUAGUUCUUCUAGCAGCUCUUCCUCGUCCGAGUCGGAAUCUGAAUCUGAUUCUGAUGAUGAGUAGUUGAAAGUUGACUGCCUAUAUAUUCCCACCUAAUACCUUCGAUACGCCUCUUGGUCUACUGCGCAAAGGAUACCCAACGAUAGACUACCAAAAACAUCAAUAGACCUAAUUGCCAAAAAGUUCGAUAUGGAUUGAGACGUUAUUCCUGUAAUUAACCUAAUUAUCUUCAUUUCACUUUCUGUCUGAUCGCGAAGGAAAACCCCGUCCGCGUCCAAAUGCAAUUUGGGCGAUGGCCAUGCUUCUUAUGCAGCCAAAGAUGAUAAAUCAAACCGGUUGAAAACGCCACAUGCCUUAUAUACUGCACGCCCGAGAAGAAGAAAAAAAGGAAGAAUGGUCACAGCAUCGUCUACUAGCCGAGACUUAUCCUUCGCCCAAUGAAAUGUUUAGCCUUUCUG